AUGAAUAAUAAAAAAACGUCCUUAGAACAGCUCAUAUCAUGUCCUAUUUGCUCUAGAAGGAUUUUCUUUUCCCAAAUCAACUCUCAUCUUGAUACGUGUGGCAAAGAGAAGUCAAAAUUUUCGAGUAGGCCUCAAACGGUUUCAAAUCUUUUGGCAGGCCCAAAAAAGAGGAAGCAAAGCAGUGCAGAGAAGGUUAUUGAUCUUGAUAACGACGAUCUCGAAGUUGAAGCAGUUAUUAAAAAUGGGGAUGAGGACACUACGGCAGUUGCUAAUGAAAACAAAAGAAUCAAAAAAGCCCCACAUAUAGAAUCAGGAAAAUCAGUAGAGGGAUUUUCCUCAAACAAAAGUCAACAAUCUCACAACGAUUUUGAGGUGAGAUGGCUGCAAAAGAUAAGUCAUUUGCCAUUGAGUGAAAAACUAAGGCCAAAAGAGUUAAGGGAUUAUGUAGGACAGCAGCACAUUCUCUCUCGAGAUAAUGGUACACUAUUUAAAUAUAUAAAACAAGGAACAAUUCCAUCUAUGAUACUCUGGGGCCCUCCGGGUGUAGGCAAGACCUCAUUAGCCAGAUUAUUAACGAAGACCGCAACGACGAGCAAUAGUGAAUCCAAUGUUGGAUCUAAAUAUUAUAUGAUUGAAACAAGCGCAACGAAAGCAAACACGCAGGAAUUGAGAGGUAUAUUUGAAAAAUCAAAAAAGGAAUUCCAAUUGACCAAAAGAAGAACUGUGCUCUUUAUUGAUGAAAUCCAUAGAUUCAAUAAAGUUCAACAAGACUUAUUACUGCCACAUGUGGAGAACGGUGAUAUCAUUUUGAUUGGUGCAACGACGGAAAACCCUAGUUUUCAGCUAAACAAUGCAUUGAUCAGUAGAUGCUUGAUUUUUGUCUUGGAAAAGUUAAAUGUUAACGAACUUUGUAUUGUCCUAUCGAGAGGAAUUGCCUUAUUGAAUAAGUGCAGGAAACAGAUUUGGAAUAUUGAAAAGCCUCUGAAGUUAUCGAGAAAGAUUUUGGAAUACAUAGUAGAUCUAUCUGUUGGUGAUACGAGGAGAGCAUUGAAUAUGUUGGAAAUGAUUGAAGUCUCCACAAGAGAGCGCAAGAUCGAUGAAAAAGAAUUAUCCAUCAAUGAUAUACGAGAUAUAAUCAAGAAUAACAGCAGUAAUGGGUUAAAUACAUAUUAUGACCCAAAGGGUGAUAAUCACUAUGAUACCAUCUCGGCGUUUCAUAAAGCCAUUAGAGGAGGAGAUGAAAACGCCUCAUUAUAUUAUUUAGCAAGGAUGCUGCAAGGGGGAGAAGAUCCAUUGUAUGUUGCCAGGAGGAUGAUUCGGAUAGCCUCUGAAGACGUUGGAUUACGGGACAAUUCAUUAUUACCCCUGGCUGUCGCAGCACAUGACGCAGUGAUGAAAGUUGGCUUGCCAGAAGCGGAUCUUGCUAUGGCGCAGUGUUGUGUUGCUUUGGCUAGAGCGCCCAAGUCAGUGGAAUUAUACAGAGCUUGGAAAAAACUAAGGGCAAUGAUGGGUGAAAACAUGUAUAGUUUAGCAAGCAGUGAAAUACCAAUGCACAUUAGAAAUGCCCCAACUAGGUUAAUGGAAGAGCUGGGCUAUCAUAAAGGUUACAAAUACAAUCCGGAUUAUGUUGACGGAAAAGUCAAGCAAGAUUACUUUCCCAAAGAAAUACUAGAGAAAUGUCCAAAUAAGAACGAUUUAAAGUUUCUGGAUGGUAGGCAUCUGGGGGAUAAAGAGGAUCCUGAUCUGAAGGAGACAUAUAAGAGUUAA